CAUGCUUACACCCUGGUAUUGAGAACACUAUGCCAGCUCCUGAGAUUCAACAGGAUAACCACUAAAAUCUCUCUGUUCUCUUGCCAUGAUCCUAUGGCUAUGGAUGACCAGAACUUGACAUGGGCACUCUUUGGAUUUCAUACAUGUGGCAGCAUUUCUUACUUCUCUUUAGCUUCAACUGAGUUUUGAACAGUUCAAAGGCUGAAGAGAGAAAAAACUCAUGAGGAAAUUUUACUCUAGGGAAAGUUGUUCAGUGGAUGGGAUCCUGUCCUGGCGCACGGGGAAAGAUGUUAGGCUCUUCCUGGCUCCUUCUCAGCUUUGUUGCUGUGACUGCUGCUCAGUCCACCAUCGAGGAACUGGCCAAGACAUUUUUGGACAAGUUUAACCAGGAAGCUGAAGACCUGGAUUAUCAACGUUCACUUGCUGCUUGGAAUUAUAACACAAAUAUCACAGAGGAGAAUACCCAAAAGAUGAAUGAGGCUGAGGCCAAAUGGUCUGCCUUUUAUGAAGAGCAGUCAAAGCUUGCUACAGCUUAUCCACUACAAGAAAUUCAAAAUUUCACACUCAAGCGUCAAUUGCAGGCCCUUCAGCAGAGUGGGUCUUCAGCGCUCUCCGCCAAUAAGAGGGAACAGUUGAACACAAUUCUAAAUACGAUGAGCACCAUCUACAGUACUGGAAAAGUGUGUAACCCAAAAAAACCUCAAGAGUGCCUACUACUUGAGCCAGGUUUGGAUGAAAUAAUGGCAAACAGCACCGACUACAAUGAGAGGCUCUGGGUUUGGGAAGGUUGGAGGUCUGAGGUUGGCAAGCAGCUAAGGCCAUUAUAUGAAGAGUACGUGGUCCUGAAAAAUGAGAUGGCAAGAGCAAACAAUUAUGAAGACUAUGGGGAUUAUUGGAGAGGAGAUUAUGAAGCAGAGGGAGCAGAUGGUUAUGGCUAUAACCGCAACCAGUUGAUUGAAGAUGUGGAACGCACAUUUGCAGAGAUUAAACCAUUAUAUGAACAUCUUCAUGCUUAUGUGAGAGCAAAGUUGAUGAAUACCUACCCUUCCUAUAUCAGUCCAACUGGAUGCCUUCCUGCUCAUUUGCUUGGUGAUAUGUGGGGUAGAUUUUGGACAAAUCUAUACUCUUUGACAGUUCCCUUUCCAGAGAAACCAAAUAUAGAUGUUACUGAUGCAAUGAUAAACCAGAACUGGAAUGCGGUGAGGAUCUUCAAAGAGGCUGAGAAGUUCUUUGUAUCUGUUGGCCUUCCUAAUAUGACUCAAGGAUUCUGGGAAAACUCCAUGUUAACUGAGCCAACAGACGGCCGGAAAGUGGUCUGCCACCCUACAGCUUGGGAUCUACAGAAGGGUGACUUCAGAAUCAAGAUGUGCACAAAAGUGACAAUGGACAACUUCCUGACAGCUCAUCAUGAGAUGGGACACAUCCAGUAUGACAUGGCAUAUGCCAUGCAACCUUACCUGCUAAGAAAUGGAGCUAAUGAAGGGUUCCAUGAAGCUGUUGGGGAAAUCAUGUCACUGUCUGCAAGUACACCUAAGCAUCUGAAGUCCAUUGGUCUUUUGCCAUCUGAUUUUCGUGAAGACAGUGAAACAGAAAUAAACUUCCUGCUCAAACAAGCACUAACGAUUGUUGGAACUCUACCUUUUACUUACAUGUUGGAGAAGUGGAGGUGGAUGGUCUUUAAGGGUGAAAUUCCCAAAGAUCAGUGGAUGAAAAAGUGGUGGGAGAUGAAGCGAGAGAUAGUUGGGGUGAUGGAGCCUGUGCCUCAUGACGAAACAUACUGUGACCCCGCAGCUCUAUACCAUGUUUCUAAUGAUUUCUCAUUCAUCCGAUAUUACACAAGGACCAUUUAUCAAUUCCAGUUUCAAGAAGCCCUUUGUCAAGCAGCUAAACAUGAAGGCCCCCUCCACAAAUGUGACAUCUCAAAUUCCACCGAAGCUGGGCAGAAGCUGCUCAAUAUGCUGCGUCUUGGAAAGUCAAAACCCUGGACCUUAGCACUGGAAAAUGUGGUAGGAGCAAGGAACAUGGACGUAAGACCACUGCUCAACUACUUUGAACCAUUGUUUGGCUGGCUGAAAGACCAGAACAGGAAUUCUUUUGUUGGGUGGAACACCAACUGGAGCCCUUAUACUGACCAAAGCAUCAAAGUGAGGAUAAGCCUAAAAUCAGCUCUUGGAGAAGAAGCAUACCAAUGGAAUGACAAUGAGAUGUACUUGUUCCGGUCAUCUGUGGCUUACGCCAUGAGAAUGUAUUUUUCAAAAGUCAAAAACCAGACCAUUCCUUUUGGAGAGAAGGAUGUAUGGGUGAGUGAUGAGAAACCAAGAAUCUCCUUCAACUUCUUUGUCACUGCACCUCAAAAUGUGUCUGACAUUAUCCCUAGAACUGAUGUUGAAAAGGCUAUCAGAAUGUCCCGGGGCCGCAUCAAUGGAGUGUUCCGCCUGGAUGAUAACAGCCUGGAAUUCCUGGGGAUUCAGCCGACACUUGGACCUCCUUACCAGCCACCUGUCACCAUAUGGCUGAUUGUUUUUGGAGUUGUGAUGGGAUUGAUAGUGGUUGGCAUUGUCAUCCUCAUCUUCACUGGGAUCAGAGAUCGAAGAAGGAAAAAUCAAACAAAACGAGAAGAAAAUCCUUACGCCGAAUCCUCCAUGGAAAUGGGUAAAGGAGAAAAUAAUCCAGGAUAUCAAAACAAUGAUGAUGUUCAGACUUCAUUUUAGAAAAAUAUUUUUCCUCUUAAGGUGAUUUUAUUGUAUGUGCAUGUUAAUUUCAUGGUACCAAAAGUAUGAGAUUAUAAAAAUGUUAUUAAAUAUCAAAACUAUGACUCUGUUCAGGAACAAGUGCCCAAAGACAUCGUGAUUGAUUAGUGGGCAUCUUCCCUGACCUUGCUUUCAGUAUUUAUAUUUGUCUCUAAACUUGACUUCUCUUCUGAUUUCCGAUAGGAAGGCUGAUGUUAGAGUAAAAUAGGGAGAGUAUGUCUUUGGCCUCACAGGCUAGCUAGAGACGAUGGAAAUGGAAACAUUUAUUGAGUAAUCAGAGUUGGGAAAAAGAAGACUAUCAUGAUAGAGAGUGUUGGACCUUUAUGGAAUCUAUGCUGUGAGCUGCUGGGGCUGCCAGAUUGAGAAUGCUACACACUGUUCACUUUAAUCCAAGUGCCAAAGAUAAAGAAUGGCACAUUUUCUUUACAUUAACUUAAUCCAAAUACUGCAGUAAUUUUCUCAGAGUGAUGUUUAGAAUGGACCAUGCCUUCUUCAGGGUGGCAUGUCUAACAAUGAAAGGAGAAGUCAGAGAACAGUAGAGAAUAUUAUUUUUUCACUUUCAAGCUACUUGAUCAACAUCUCCCUGACAACACAAAACUAGCACAAGGGCCUCCAUGAACCUCCAGAGAAUGUCUGAUAGAAACUUGCUUCCUUUGUUCUUUAACUGUAGAGUGAGUGGAAACUCCAUCUGAGUGUUCAUCCUGUGAAGUGGAUACCCAGUCUCUUAAAUCUUUUGUAUACCCACUGUAUCUGAGAAGUGCUGAGCACAAAACAGACACGCAAUAAAUACUUAUUAGAUAUAUACA